AUGGUCGACGAAAAGAAGGGCGGCCGGAUCUCUCCGGCAGCCGAGAGCGGUACCUCGACCGUCCAUGACGCCCAGAGCCGCAGCAGCGACACCGACGCCGCGUCGGGCCACGUCAGGCGCACCAGCACCGACAACGAAAAGCAGCCGCCGCCGCAGCAGCAGAACGGAGCAGGACGAAGCGGAGCGGGCAACAAGGGCGACGACACGGCCAACCCGUCGGGCAAGCGCGAGAUCCGCAUGCACGACCCGGCCGUCUACGCCAAGCUGGGCUACUCGUUCCCCACCUGGAAAAAGUGGUGGAUCAUCACCGUCAUCUUUUGGAUCCAGCUCUCGAUGAACUUCAACACGGGCGUGUACGCCAACGGCGUCAAGCUCUUUGCCGAGCACUUUAGCAUCUCGGAGCAGGCCGCCCGAGUCGGUCAGCUGUGGGCGCCGUGGUCCGAGGAGCUGGGCCGCAAGCCCAUCAUGCAGCUCUCGCUCCUCCUCGUCAACAUCUGGCAGCUCCCCUGCGCCCUCGCACCCAACUACGCCAGCAUCGUCGUCGGCCGCAUCCUCGGCGGCCUCUCGAGCGCAGGCGGCUCCGUCACCAUCGGCAUGGUCGCAGACAUGUGGGAGCCAGAGGACCAGGCCAUCCCCGUCCUCUACGUCGUCUUUUCCUCGGUCGGCGGCUCCUCCAUCGGCCCCCUCAUCGGCCCGUUCUCAGAGGCCUACCUCGGGUUCAGAUGGAUUUUUUGGCUCCAAUUGAUCUUUGGAGGCUUCGUGCAAGCGCUACACUUCCUUACGGUGCCGGAGACGAGGUCCAGUAUCCUCCUGGAUCGAGAGGCGAAGCGGUUGCGCGAGGAGGAAGGCCAAGACGUCUGGGGCCCCAACGAGCUCAAGGAGAAGCGAUUCACGACGCGCGGCGUCCUGACCACCAUGGGAAGGCCCUUCUACAUGCUUGCAACUGAGCCCAUCGUGCUCUGCUGUUCGCUCCUCUCUGGAUUCUCGGACGCGCUCAUCUUUACCUUCAUGGAGGGAUUUAUGCUGGUGUACGAGCAGUGGGGCUUCGAGGCGCCUCUGACGGCGACGACGUUUGUGCCCAUCUGGAUUGGCUACAUCAUCGCCGUCAUCUCGUACCUCUACCCGAUCCGCAAGUUUGACAAGGCGCGCCGCCGCGACCCGGACAGCAUCACGCCCGAGUCGCGCCUCUGGUGGCUCCUCUUCCUCGCCCCGCUCGAGGGCAUCGGCCUGUUCGGUUUCGCGUGGACCUCGCAGGGCCCGCCGACGACCCACUGGAUCGCACCCAUGAUCUUUUCCGUCCUCGUCGCCAUUGCCAACCUCGGCAUCUACUACUCGACCAUCGAAUACAUGAUGGCAGCCUACGGCCCCUACUCGUCGAGCGCCUCGGGCGGCAACGCAUUCAUGCGCAACGGUCUGGCGGGCAUCGCGACCAUGUACUCGACGCCGCUCUUCAACAAUCUGGGCUACCAGUGGGCCUCGUCGCUCCUCGGCUUCCUCGCCUUUGCCGUCACCGCCCCCAUCUUCCUCUUCUACUGGAAGGGCGAGUGGGUCCGCUCCCGCUCCAAGUUUGCCCAGAGCCUCGCAGAGGACCGCAAGGAGAACCAGGGCGGACGCAUGGAAAAGUCGCACCAUGCCCCCAACGACACCGAGGCCUAG